AUGGCAAGUUUUGUUAAUACUAGCAAAUUGAGCUUGAAGAUUUUUUAUGAUAAAAAGAGUAAGAAAGUAUUGUUUGCAGAAGCAGACAAAGAGGCAGUUGAUUUUCUAGUUUGUAUUCUUUCUCUACCAUUAACCACAGUCACAAGGCUCCUCUCCAAAUCAGUGAUAAGAAUGGUCGGAUGUUUGAAUAAUUUCCGUGAGAGUGUUUCGAACAUGCAUAAAAUCAACUUCCCUGAUGGCGAGAACAAGGUUUUUCUCUUAAAGCCAUUGCACUCUUGCUCAGUACAGGCACCUUUCUUGCUGCCGGAUCGUGCCAUCUAUAAGAUCUACAAAUGCUCAACUCACAAUUAUAAAUAUACUAUUAGCUCGACCGAAAAUGGUAAAAUAUGCUCUUGUUUAAAUGGCGUUCCAAUAGAGGGAGGGAUAGUUAAAGCAGGCAGUGGCAUUGCUAUUCUGAAAGGUUAUGUGAAAUAUAUUGUGAUGGAUAAUUUAUUGGUCAAACCAAUUUCAAGCAUGUCUAGAAUUUGUUUGUUGAAAGAUUUCAAUGUCAAGGAUCUUGGUAAUGUUCACGAAAUAGUGGUUGAUUUGGGCUUCGAUGAGGGUCUUAUGAUAUUAAAGGCAGCUAUGGAAGGGGAGUCGGUAUUUACAAGUGUAUUCCUUCAGAAAUUGGUGUAA